AUGCGCAACCGCUUCAUCUCCGAUUACAUAUAUCGUACCACUGGCAAGUAUCGCACUGCCAAGCAGGUCGGCAGCCGUCUCCAGCAGCUCAGAGACACAUCUGAGGGCAGAGAGCUUAUGGAUUCCCUCACGUCCUGUUAUCAUCGCCCUCGAAACGAGGCAGGCCACUCGUCCUUUAUUUUCACACCUCAUCCUUGGGCCACCACCUCCAGUGUUUCUCUUCCUCGCCCACCCUCAGACCUUUGGGCCAGCGAUAGCUCCUCGUCCACCUGCAGUUCUCCCAUCUCUCCUUCAACUGACUAUACUCCCGUCAUGCCAUCACAACCCGAAAAAUCACACAUGCCUCGGACCGUCAUUCCUAUCGAUGUCUUGCCUGAAUUUAUACCAUGGUCGGCGAGCUCCUUCCAGUCAUCAGCCAACGAUACUUAUCCGUCAUUCUCUAUGACCGGUGGCGACGGCAAUCUUCUUCUAUCGGGAUCCCCCCGGCCGAUGCGCAAUAUCGAUCCAACUGUAACUUUUGUAUCACCAUCUCCGAUCACCGCCAAGUCUUCUUACAUUGUGCUCUUCGAUGGUGCACCUGUCCACUCUGAAGACACGCGAAUGCAAGUCGUCGACCUAGCCAAUACUGCUGGUAGACCUGAUGGUUCGCUGUUGUACAGCACGACUCUGGUUCCUAAUUAUUGGGAUACACUGUGUCAAGCAUCUGAUCCUACACAAUACACCAUCCUUCAAGACGUCUUUCGUAUCGAUACGUCCUCACCAGAGUCCCUGCGACGUUCACGUCCCGUCUUGAUGUUCUCUGCACUCUAUAAAUUCCAGUAUCCUACUCCCCCAGUUUCUUCGCCUUCAUCGACCAUUACCCCCAAAAUGGACUCACCAACGUCUGAAUCCAGGGAGAACAAACCCAUAUCAGACUAUGUUUACCCGUUCAGCCCACUUCCUUUUUCGCACUUUUCUCUGGCGCAGGGCACUGGAGAUCACAAGUCCACAUUACCUUACAAUCAUCCACAAACGCAACCGGAUGCUUCUGUUAUGCUCGAUGUUAAUUUCGACGACAUCGACUUUAAUGAAUAUACUAUAAAUAUUCAAGAUUCCCCUGACAGUAUAUCUGCUGACGUAUUAGAGCAGCCAUCCUAUUGUUUUCCUACGAAUCUUUCUAACUAUGUCCUGUAA